AGACAUCAUCUUAUAUUCUUACUGAAGGCCAAGAGAAAACCAAUCACAUCUUAUUCACAAACCACCAUGUCCGACGGUCACCACCACCACCACCACCGCCACAAUAACCACCGCCACAAAGAAAAUCCGGCCGGUGAGAUUGAUUACAAAAGGGAAGAGAAACACCACAAGCAUAAGGAACGUCUUGGAAAGCUAGGAGCUGUUACUGCUGGUGCCUUCGCUUUGCAUGAGAAGAAGAAGGCGAAGAAAGAUCCAGAACACGCACACAGUCACAAGAUCAAAGAAGAGAUUGCAGCAGCUGUUGCUGUUGGAGCUGGUGGCUAUGCGUUUCACGAGCAUCACAAGAAGAAAGAAGCAAAGAAGAAAUAUGAAGAGGCUCAUGGAAAGAAGCAUUAUCACUUCUUUCAUUGACUUUAUUGACUUAUCAGGAAUAGAUGUGGAUUAUUUAUGGAGCUUCAACUUCUUUCUUGAUUUAUUGUGUUUUGCACGAUGCUCAAUCUCAUGAUUCGCUUAAGGUAUCACGUACUCUGUGUUCCUACACAAUGUACUAAUAAUGCCUUGCACUCUUGCAGUAUUGGGACAGGGCAUGACAGAAUAAAUUAGGAGAGGUUGAAUUCAGAUUUGUGAUAAUUAAUAAUAUAGUCUUUUGAUUUA